UGACAAGAUAUAAUACUCCGUAUUAAGAGCAGAUGAAAAAUCAACGGGUAGUUCACCAUUGAGGAAGUAUGAUCGUGAGGCCAAAAAAAAGGGAAAUAAAAGCAAGGAAAGGAGAGAAACGGAUGAACGUCGUCGGUGUGGUCCACGCCGGAGGAAGAAGAGAGGCCGCAAUUGAUGUCACCGGACUGGACUACUGAUGCUGAACGUAUCGCUUGCUAUCAACCUACUUCUGUUAAGGGCCGACGGAGCAGCCGCACCACAGAAAAAGCAUCGCCGGAACCGAGGACACCGCAUACUCUCCGGAGAGGAAGAAAAAACGCUUGCCGGAGUGCCACCAACAUACUACCGUUUUCCGUUUCCUUCACUACCAGAGUCUCCGGAGGAUGAGUAUCGUGCACGUCGCAGUGCUUCUGCAAAGUUUUCACGCUGGAGGGAGAGUAGAAGACGGAACUUGUCGGACUGUUUUGCACGCCGGAGUGGGAAAGGAAAGCUGCGCCGAUCUGCGUAGCCACUGGCCAUCUCGCUGUUGCCACCAGAAGAACUAGGCGUCGACCAUCACCAUCACUGAACCAGCCCUGCGCCGCCAGUACUGCGUGAGAACGACGAAGAAGAAAGCUACAAAGGUGAAUUUGAAGAAGAUUAAGAUAGAAGCUUUGAUUAUGAAUUAUCGCGAUUUGAGGUAAGUUUCAUUGCAACCAAAAUUAUACCUUUUGCCUCGUAAUUAUUUUGAAUGUUUUAAUGUACAAUUUGAGUAAUGUAUUUGUGUGUCUUAAAUUUGAGUAAAUUGAAGUUGGUUGUACUUGAUAUAUUGGGUUGUUAUUAUUGGAUUUUGAUACAAGUUAUUGUAUAUGAUUUUUGGGAGAUUUUCUAAUGGUGAAUAUUUUUGUGGUGUUGUGAGUAAAUUGGACUUUGAGAAAAUAUAUGCGAAUUUUAGCGUAUUUUGAAAGAUAUGAACUUUUGAUUGGAAUUUGAGAAAACAAAGGAAAAUUUAUAUUUUUAAUGGUGACACAAAUGUCUAUAAGACAUAAAUAUUGAGUUUUGAAAAGACAAGAUAAAAGACUGUUUUCAUAAUUGGGGCACCGCGGGAGAAAUCUGCAGGUGUCGGGCCACCUUCACGUCCGUUAAUGGUGAGGGGGGGUUAGGACUACUACUACUUGAAUUGAGAGGUGUGAAACAAAUUAAAUGAAUUUUGGAGGGUUCGGUAACCACCCUGAACAACUGGGCAUCAGAUCCCUUUUUAUUAGAGUAGUAGUAGUAGUACCUAUUCUCUUAAGGGUCUUUGAACCUAGUACUUAGGGAGUAUAUCCCAUUUGGAGUAGGGAGACGUUGACGUCAGAACUACUUAGACUUCAUACUACUCGGAGGGCUUGGAAUCCCUUUAGGGGGUGUGUAAACUUAAGGUAGAAGUCUAGAUUCUAAUAGAGGAGAUGUGGUGCCGAGAGCAGAUCGGAGUGACCGUACGAAACAACGGAUCACUGGGCUCAAGAUUCGAGAUAACGCUUGAGCACCGCCCUUCUAAAUGAACUUAGAGAAUUAGCUAUAAAGCUAUUUUGAGGUAAAUCAAAUGUUUUGGUAUUUUACUCUUAAAGAGUUGGGUUAAAGAGUUGAUUAAAUACUUAAUCAUUUUAUUAAUUGUGAAUUUCUAAAGUAUAAAUACUUGUGUUAUUGGUUUGGAAAACAUAUUUGUGGACAUUGAUUAUGUGUUUUUAAGAAUUGUGAUAAAGUGCUUAAGUGAGUUUUGAGAUGGAUAUUUGGAGUUGUGUACAUGAUAUAUGCUUUGGAAUAUUUAUGAGAAUUUUUAUUACAUUUUCUAAUGAUUGGAAUUAUUAUGAUUUGAAAUAUUAUUAUUUUACAUAUGAAUUAAGUUAUGAGAAUUUAUUAUAAAUAUUGUUUUACUUAUGAGUGAUAUGAAUGUUUUGAAAAGAUUUUUCCUCCGAAUGGUUUUACAAAAAGUAUAUAUGUACUAAACCUGAUUAUUUUACGGGGUUUGGUGGGACUUACUUAGCAUUUCCGGCUAAUUUUUGUCUCUUUGCUUUUCUUUUCUUUCUGUACUUUAUUUGUGCAGGAGAUAAGACCUGAGUAUCUAUUUGAUGACGAUGUGUAUUCAAGAGAGAUUCCGCUAGAACAUCUAAUUAGUAAAUCAUUGUAACUUAUACUUUCAAGAUCCUUAGUGAAUAACUGUUUGGAGCUUAAAUUGUUUUGGAGGUGAUUAGCAUGUGCACUCGGUUAGGUUAGAACCGAGUGUGGCGGUAACGCCCCUAUUUCCCUUUGAAUUUUCCGCUGCA